AUGAAAACAAUCCUCCCAAUUUUGCGGAUAAAUCAGAGAUUUCUCAGUGAUUCAGUGAGGAAUCGCAAUCCAGUGAAUGCAGAGUUGAUUGGUGUAGCCAGGAAGCCCGAUGGGUAUCACCUGGAAGCACGAAGGGAGCUUUUUCACAACACCCUCUAUCUGGAGCAGACAAAUAACACCGUCACGGCGAAGAUUGUCAACCCGCACCGGCAGAUCACUGUCCUGAAAGUCUCAACGCAGGAAUGGUCCCUAAAGAAGAACCUCUACAAGAUGAAUGACACCGCGGCAUUUACCCUCCUGGCCAGAGUUCUCGCGGAACGAUGUCAAUUUGCCGGGAUCACCGAAGUAGCCCCAUCGGCGAGCAUUAAAUUCGGUGCAGAGUACCCCAAACAUGCCGUCUUCGUGGAAACUUUCAAACAAUCCGGAAUGUCCUUCAUUGAAACAUAAGAAUUUUCUACUUCAACAUAGUUUUUAUUAGUUAUUUCUCAAAUUAAAUUAGUAAAUUGUUUCAUUUCCUA